GCCAGUAGGAGCCUCAGACCAGUGCCGACCACCGUAGUCACAACACCACCAGUCCUCCUCCAAACAUCGGUUCCAUGCGCUGUUUCCUCGCCUUACUUAUGGCUGGGCUGGCCGGGGUAGUGAUGGCUCGCUACGCCCCCACACGAGACCAUAACCAGGACUGGCUCUCUCUCAUCUCCGGUAAACAGCAACUUAAGGACGCUCGCAUCAUCUACACUCUCCUGAAGAAUGAUCCAGAUUUCUAUCUGGACAAAAGAGACAUCCAAGGCUUUGACAGCAGUGAGAAGGACUUCCAAGGAUUCCAGCAUCCCUUCUACUACCACCAGAGACAGCAACAAGGACCCUCUCGAGAGCCCUUCGUCUUCAGUAGGUUGGGAAGUGUAGGACCCAUGGGCACACAGAGGGCCGUAGUGGUGGACAUCCCCUUCAGGCACGGACGGAUGGAGGAGGAAGGCGGUCUCGUCGAUCAAGCUCCUUCACAUCCUCGUAAAGACAACACCAUACCAGGCACAAUGUAAAGUGACAGCCAGACGUAAAGUAUAAACACAGCACAGAGGAUCACUGACGGUCUAUAUCCCAUCACUCGUACACAGCAGCAGCAACUUUGCCACUCAGAAUCCUUACGUUUAAUUGUCGUAUUGAUGAAACCUUUGUAUUUUUGAGCAUCACCAGGCGUCGUUGAUGUAAUGAAGGGUCGUGUGUGUGUGUGUGUUUAUCCCACCUGCACCUCCUCAAGUGUAAUCUUCAGAAACAAUAAACAUUUGCAGUUCUGGGAAUAA